GUCUCUUCCCAACAACAGGUUCAACAAGAUUGGGCCUUGGGGUCAUGGGUCCAGCUCGUGUUAGACAGCGAUCAAGAUGGGGCUGUAAAAACUGCAAGCUUCGACGGGUGAAGUGCGACGAAGUCAAACCCAUGUGUCGGCAAUGCCAGGCUUAUGGUGUCUCCUGUAGUUUUAGCUUCACUCAGACUAAGAUGCAGCCCCUGCAACCCGUCAUCGAGCAUGUUUUUGCUCGGCCCUCGCCCUCGAUUGGAUUACCUUAUUGGCUUUGCCCGACCGAUCGGCUGAUGAACCGAUUCCAACUACAAAUCGCCCCGACCAUGAGCUAUGGCAAACGGCUGGAUGUAUAUCAAACUCAAGUGGUCGAACUGGCACAGACGACACCAUUCCUCAAGCAUGCCAUCACGACGGUAACCUAUAUGUACCAGCGCCACACAACAACACCCUUCCGAUUAACCCCCGACUGGGCGGAACUCUACCACUGGGAUCGAGCCCUGGUUGGCUUAAAUCGGAAACUGUCGCAGAAUCCUCAAUCCGACGACAAAGCCGCCUUGCUCAGCACCUCCAUGCUGAUGUGGCUACUAGUCUUCUGCCACGUCGAUGCGUCGAGUCCAGAAGAGGCCUGGCCGUUAUCCCCGAAUCUCGUCAGCGGUCCCACCUGGUUAAGGAUUGCGCGAGGGAAAGACGAAGUCUGGCGCCAGAUGCCCUCCCCUCCACGAGACAGCAUCUCAGCAGCUCUAGCACCGGUGGAAAACAAUCCGAUUAUAAAUCGGCCUGCUCCACCCCCGGCGCCUCUUCAAGGGGUUCCCGCCUCGUUUCUGCGGCUCUUUGAUCUGGGCACGGGAAAACAGUCGUCGGACUCUGAAGCGGUAUACCAUAGCGUCGCCGUCGACGUUGCGUGGGCGCUGUUCGGUGAUCGGCCUCCUCUGCCGACUAUCUUGAGAUUCGUCACAUUUCUCAGCACCAUGUCGUCCAACUUCAAAUUGCUGUUGCUCGCGAAGGAUCCUCGGGCAUUGUUACUACUGGCCUGCUGGUAUGGGAAGAUUCGGGGACUGGGAGUGUGGUGGAUGACCCCACGCACGGUGCUGGAAGGGGAGUCAAUUUGUCGGUAUCUGGAGCAAGGCUAUCCCGAAGAUCCAGAUCUACAGAAGAUGACUGCCUUUCUUCGGGCGCUAUAGGUGUGUUUGAGGGAAGGAUAUCUGCCUUCUCCGAGUAUAGGUAUCCGAUAUCAGAAAUCUUUAUUACGUGUUCAACUGUUUACAAGUCUUUUUUCACUGGCUUGGGAUUGAUAAAGAGGGCUUGGCGAGGGCUUUCCAGUUCGACUUGGCCCAGAGAAUAAUUCGCGGGACGGCCGCGUCAACGUCAACUGCAGGACGAAAGGACAAUC